CGUGAAUGUGGCGAUCGCGAAUCUCCGAUCACCCUGAAGACCACCACCCCCAGACCCGCGUUUACGGCCGAUUGAUCGGCGCGCUAAAAAUAAAAACGACGUUGCGCUCGCAAGUAUGGAUCGCAGCGUAUAAACCCCACCGUCGCAUCGCGGCGUCCCCUUUAAAUCGGGCAAUCGCCGCGGCCGCCCCAGCCCUGCGUCCUCGCAGCUGAAGGACCCCGCCAAGGUGUCAUGGCAGCGCCCAGCAGGACGCGCGUGUUGGCGCUGUACAAGGCUCUGCUGCGGGAGAGCGGCCGCUUCGCGAGCUACAGCUACAGGGAGUACGCCCUGCGCAGGGUGAAGGAUGCCUUCCAGGAGAACCGCACCUUGCAGGAACCUGAGAAGGUGGCGAGUCUGAUGGCACGAGCCCAGGAGAGCCUCGACGUCAUUCGCCGGCAGGUGGUGGUGGGCAAUCUGUACUCGGUCAACAAGCUGGUGGUCGAGGGUGGACAAUAGAAGGGGGCUCCAGUGAUGUAGCCGCUCCGCUCCGGCUCUCUGAGGCAACCGGCUACCUCCGUGUGUGUGCGCGCGCGCGUCUGUGUGACGAUGUUUGUGUGUAUGCAGGCCGUGGCGUUGUAUAGAUUCGCGCACCGCACCGAUAUCCUGGUAACCUGGGUUAAAUUCCUUGCCCAUGGUGCACAUUAACUCCGCUGGUCAAGUGAGUUUUAAUCUCCACGCGGACCUCCACUAGGUCAACUCUGUGUAAAAUUAGCUUGACCCAAUUCCAGGGUGUGCUCUAUGGGUGGUCAGGUGCACAUUGCUCUGACCCCGCUGUCUACCUGCGUGCCAUGCCGGCCUUAGUAAUGUACACGCCGCAACAGCGGCCUCGACAGUGUACAACAACAUGGAGACCCCCACUCUGUCUUUGUGUUGGUACGUGUGUUGGUACGUGUGUAUAUCUAUACGUGUGUAUAUCUAUACGUGUGUGUGAGCACUGCGUGAAGGCUUGCACCUGGUGCAGUGGGCAAACAAGCACUGGGGAGCCAAAGGCAUAAUGAGGUUACACCAACUCGUGCACUAUUCUAGCCUUAGUAGGUGCUCGCUAAUAGCACUUUCCCCAAAUUGUUUGUUCAAGGCUGUUCAGGAGAUUAUUGAUUUUGACCUUUGUUAAUGCCGUAUCUACGUGUGGUGCGUUGCCAUGUCUGUAUCUGUGUCUAUUUGUGUAUGUCUUUAUCUGUAUGUGUGUGUGCCUUGUCAUGUUUGUAUCUGUGUGUAUGUAUCUGUAUUUGCAUGUGUAUUUGUAUCCAUGUGCGUGAUUUGUCAUGUCUGUAUAUGUGUAUUUGUGUGGGUCUGUAUUUCCCUGCUUGUGUUUGUAUCUAUGUGCGUGUGCAUGCUUUGUCGUGUCUGUGUGUCUGUAUCUCUAUCUGUGCGCUUCUGUAUCUUUGUUGUAAAUCUCCGGAGAUGCUCACACACACUCACGCGGUGACAGCGGCUGCUUAUAAUGCAGGAAUCUGGACCGGAUUCUGUCCAUGGAGUCGGGCUCUCCGCAGUAAGAGCGCCGCCACCUUUCAGUUUGUCCACAGAGAACACCGAUCGUUUACACCCGGGCAGGACAAAUGCUGGGACACACACAAGGAACCAGAAAAAGUGUCUACAAAUGUCGAAAAGUUAUGCAGCUAAUUAAUGAAAGCUUAAGCGAAUAAACAUAUGAGUGUGUAAAUUAUAGUAACGCGCGCUGUCGAUGUGGAGCCAUUUAAUGAUUGCUGCUGUUUGUCGUCUUUGCAAAAAUAAUAAAUUCACUUGUCCAAUUGCA